UGGUGUGUUUGAACCAUGAAGAAGGGGCAAGAGCGCGGUAGGAGUUUCUACCGUGAUUUUAUUGUUGUGUAAACUUUUUCAUUUUUUUGGAAAUAUAUUAAAUAGCAUAUAUUUAAGUAGUCGAUAUUACGUGCGAACUGAAAAUUUCCCUUUUCUGUCCAUCUUCCUCGUCGAUUUUAUACCAAAAUGGAAUCCAGGACUGAGUUUAAAAUAAAAUUACCACCGACCGAUGCGAUUUCCGCGGUGGAAUUUGGACCAAAUUCUACACAGUUCCUAUUAGUAUCAUCAUGGGACAGUACAGUACGAUUGUACGAUAUCCAUACAAAUGCAUUGAGAUUGAAGUAUAGUCAUGAUUUACCAGUGUUGGAUGUUGCAUUUCAGGAUGCCGUCCAUGCAUAUAGCGGUGGAUUAGGAAAUACUUUAAAGAUGUACGACAUAAAUAGUAAUACAGAACAAAUAAUGGGUACACAUGAGAAGCCAAUCAGAAAAAUAGAAUAUUGCGCGACCGUAAACGCGAUAUUAACUGGCGGUUGGGAUGCUGCGGUGAAAUUGUGGGAUCCACGCACACCCACUUGCGUCGGUAGUUAUUUGCAACCGGAAGUAGUUCUCGCUUUAUCUGUAUGCGGUGACAAAUUUGUCGUGGGAACAGCAAAACGGAAAGUUUGUAUUUGGGAUUUGAGAAAUAUGGCGGGCAUGUUUCAGAGACGAGAAAGUAGUCUAAAGUAUCAAACACGCUGCAUCAAAGGUUUUCCUAACGAACAGGGAUAUGUAUUAAGUAGCAUAGAAGGUCGUGUUGCCGUGGAAUAUCUUGAUACAAUGCCAGAAGCUCAGAAGAAGAAAUAUGCGUUCAAGUGCCAUAGAAUAAAAGAAAAUAACGUCGAGCACAUUUAUCCUGUGAAUGCCAUUAGCUUUCACUCUGCAUAUAAUACAUUUGCCACUGGUGGUUCGGAUGGUUAUGUGAAUAUCUGGGACGGUUUUAACAAGAAACGCCUGUGUCAAUUCCAUCGUUAUAAUGCUGGCGUAGCCGCGCUUAGUUUCAGUCACGACGGUUCUGUGCUUGCGAUAGGAGUUUCGUAUUUAAACGAAGCUGAAAUUCCUCCAGGCGGCAGUGACGAACGAGAAAUUUAUAUAAGAUAUGUCAAUGAUCAGGAAACUAAACCAAAAUAAAAAACAAGUGUGUGUAAAAGAGUAUAAUUAUAGAAAGACUAUUACUGGACAAGUUCAAAUCUCCAUGUUUAUUUAAAGCAAAAAGAGAUGAAAAUGGAGAAAAUGAAGCAUUAUGUAACAAAUUGUAAAUAAAUAUUUCACUAUUUAUACGCA